AUGACUUUACCUUAUUUACCAGAUGAUUGUAUUUAUUACAUUUUACAACACCUUCAAAAUGAUCGUUCGACUUUAUUUAAUUGUUUACUAGUUAAUCGAUUUUGGUGUAAAUCAACGAUUCCUUUACUUUAUGCAAAUCCUUUCGUAAAUAUAACAGAAAAAAAUUAUCCGAUAAUCUUGACCUUAAUUUUUUGCUUUAAUAAAGCGGAAAUUUUACAAUUAAAGAAUCAACUAGGACCAAGUCAGAUUAAUAAUAUUAAUUUUGAUAAAGAAUACAAACCAUUAUUUGAAUAUCCAAAAUAUCUAGAAAAUUAUAAUCAUUUUACAAUAAAUUCCGUUAUUAAUAGAUGUUUUGUAGGAUAUUGUUCAGAUUUAUCAAUUUCUCAAAACAAAAUAUAUGAUGAUAUUAUUCCAAUAUUUCAUAAAUCAAUUUUACGCCAAAGUAGAAACAUUAAACAAAUAGAUAUUUUAUUACACUUAUUUUAUAAAGAAAGUUUUAAAAACUUUAAUAUUAAAAAUUUCACUUCAAAUUUAACAAAAUUAAAUUCAUUAUCAUUAACUUUUCAUUUAAAUGGAACUUUUAUUAAUAAUGAAAUCGAACAAGAAUUUUUAAGUAAUAUAGCAAGAAAUUUGAGAAAAUUAAUAAUUAAUCUUCCUCGAACCCAAAGAUCAUUGUUUCAACAUGGCACAUCCAAUAAUUUGAUCAACACUACCACUAUGGAAAAGCUUUGCACAAUUAUUCAAAAGCAAAACAAACUUAAAAUAUUUAAGAUAAUGAAUUGUCAUUCAUUAUUAAAUGAUAUUCUUUUAUCUUUGGAAUUUCAAAAGCAUUCUUUAGCUCAUAUUGAAUUUACAAAAUGUGACUUCAAUAUUGUUAGUUUAAAAAGUUUUAGUAAUUUAUAUAAUUUAAAAUAUUUAACGUUUGAAAGUUGUAAAGGUACUAUAUUAUUAGAUCAAUGUGAAAUUUUAAAUUUUGCUUCACUUAAGCUCAAGGAACUAUCAUUUAAACGUAAUAAUUGGAACGUUGACGUCACAUCAUUAAUGAUCAAAUAUUUAGGUGAAUCAUUACAAAGAUUAAUAUUAAUCGAAAAUCUAACAAUACCUGUCGUUGAAAAUAUAUCAAUGUAUUGUCCAAAUCUUGUUUUUUUAAGAAUAAGAAUUGAUAACAGUUUCAAUUUAUUAGUGUUACCUUAUUUAAAAAAUUUAAGAAUAAGUAUAUUAAAUAUUAAUAUUUCUUAUUAUAAUUCUAAUAAUGUUAAUGAAAUUUUUAUAAAUUUAGCAAAUAAUAUACCUAUUAACAUUAGUAAAAUUUCUAUUUAUUCUUGUAAUUUUAAUAAGUUUGGGGAAUUUUUAAAGAAUUGUCAUAAUAAUUUUGAAAUAAUUAAUUUAAAUCAUAUUAUUGAAUUAGAAUUUCUUAAAAUUAUUUUAAAUUAUAUUGAAAGAAGUAACAAUAGUUUGAAGAUUUUUGGUAUGGCGGGAUUGAGCAAAGAAUUGAAUGAUGAGGAAUUAAAAUUAUUGGAUCAAAUUAAAGCUAAAGGAGUUAAAAUUGUGGAAUUUUAUAGCUUUUAUAAUUUUUAUAAUUAUGUAUAA